UGAAAGGAUGCGGUAGUCAAUUAAUUCUCGUUUAUUAUCGUUUAGCGCGUUAAUAUUUUCUGUUUUGUAGUAUGUUAGGAAUUAAAGGACGGCAGAUAAUUUGUAUAAUAAUUUCUGAACUCUUUUAAGUAUCUGUUAAGUUCUUGUAAAAGCUGUGAAAAAGAAAAAUGGAUAACUUUUGCACAUACUGCAGUGUAAUUGUUGGCUCCGAGGCAGAAUUGCGGGCACACUGCAAUUCUGAAGGGCAUCAACUGACAAUAAUGAGUGAUGAAGGCAGAGAAUGGAAAUUUCGAGCCCCUCCUAGAGGUGUUGGAGCUGAUCAGUAUGCACUUUGUGUAUCUUAUUCUGCAACCGGAAAGUGUCGAUUUGGUCAACAGUGUUGUGAUGCUCAUGGUGGAGAAGAACUUACCGAGUGGAGGGAGAGAUUUGAUUAUCGGCAGAUGAAGUUACAGAGGGCGAAAGAAUGUCGACUUCAGGGUCGCAACUAUACAGAGCAGUUACUUGAGAAGUGGUUAACUUCUUCGAAUCCCAAUAUGAUCAUGACCGAGUCGCUGGAUACGGUUGAUAUUAGAGUUGAACCGGAAGUCAGCUUAACUCUUACCGAGAAAAAUAUUUGUAGGGAGUGGACAUUUCACAUACGUGCUAAGGCUACACUGCAACAUAUUGCAUUAUUAUAUGAAACCCAUAGGAAUCAUUUUAGAAUAUCUGAACUAAGAGCUGGAAGAUCUUCCGGCAUUAAGGACUUUAAUAUUGGUCCGCAGUGUCAGGAAUGGAGUAAUGUAGACAACAGUGAUUAUAGUGAUGAGGAAUAUACAUGUAAAGUUCGCUUUGCUACCUGUAUUUAUGGCACAUUCCGACAAGCUGUUGUAUUUGAUUUUGGAUUUGAACCAGUUUUAGUUCAGAAACUCUGUGUAGAUGUAGUAUCUCUGUCAAAUAUGGAAAAACUUCAGCAGGCAAAAGAUACUGCUGUAUCCUUCAUUGAGCGUUGGAGCAGUAGUGAUGUCACUGUGGUUCCAUUUGAAAAUCGUCCAUAUUCCUUAGGUGAUCAAGAAGAAUGUCUCCUUUCAUGCUAUCCAGCUCCGAAUAGUGCAAAAUUUACUGUAACUCAGUCAGUACUGGAACCUGUAUUAACAAAAAAUAAUUAUACUGCAAGACAGCAUGAACUUCUCUGUAUAGAAGAAAUGGCACAGUAUGAAUUGCUGUCAAGAUAUAAUGUGAAAGCUCAUCUGAAUUUAACUAGCUGUUAUCUACUUACUCCUAAUUCUGCAGUUACUGCCAAAUAUGCUCAUGAUGGUGAAUUAUUUGCCAAUAUGCAAUUAUCUUCAGUAUUAUCUGAAGAUUCCGCCUCUGGACGACUUGUGUUAACUAAUUGUAGUACUGUAUUGUUAGCUUCAGUAAAAACUAAAGGAGAAGAGCAACGAAAGGUUUAUGAAGCAGUGAUUGAAGAUAAGGGGAAGACUGCAAUAUAUAUUAGAUUAUCAAAGAGAUGUUGUGAGGAAUUAAAAUUGGAACCUGACAGGGAAAUAUUAGUUGAAGUUCAGUUUCAACUGAAUCGUUUACCUCUGUGUGAGAUGCAUUUUGCUGUUGACCGACUGCAUCUUCCAUCAAUAGUAUUUCCUGAUAUUUCUGUAGUUCCUAAAAUUUGGAAUACAAAUAUGCAUGAGAAUUUUAAUUUGGAACCAAGGCUGAAUCCUAAGCAGAAGGAAGCUAUUUUAGCCAUCACUACACCCUUGUCUAUCAGAUUGCCUCCAGUUUUAAUAAUUGGUCCAUUUGGAACUGGGAAGACAUUUACUCUGGCCCAAGCUGUUAAAAUAAUCUUAAGUGAUCCUCAUUCUAGAGUUUUAGUCUGUACCCAUUCUAAUAGUGCUGCUGACAUUUAUAUCCGAGAAUAUUUCCAUCCACAAGUUGCUGAAGGAAAAAUAGAAGCUACACCUCUUCGUAUAUACUAUCGCCAUCGAUGGGUAGCUACAGUUCAUCCUACUGUUCAACAGUACUGUUUAGUGUCUACUGCUGGUAGUGACAGGAAUUUUAACAUGCCAAAUGUUGAUGAUGUUAAGAAGCACCGAGUGAUUGUGACAACUUUAAGCACAUCACGAUAUCUAGUUCAACUUGGUUUAGAAAAAGGUUUUUUUACUCAUAUUCUUAUUGAUGAAGCUGCUCAAGCUAUGGAAUGUGAGGCAAUUAUGCCGUUAUCAUUAGCAAAUGAAAAUACACGCAUUGUCCUGGCUGGAGAUCAUAUGCAGCUUAGCCCAGAAGUUUAUUCUCAGUUUGCACAACAAAGAAAUCUGCAUACUUCACUUCUGGAGAGAUUGUAUGAUUUGUACCCUGAAGACUAUCCUUGUAAAGUUUUACUCUGCGAGAAUUAUCGAUCGCAUGAGGCAAUAAUCCAGUAUACUUCAGAAUUAUUUUAUGAUAAUCAUCUUCUAGCUAGUGGACAACAACCACGUCAUAAAAAGUAUUACCCCUUGACUUUCUUCACUGCGAGAGGGGAAGAUGUCCAGGAUUGCAAUAGUACUGCUUUUCAUAAUAAUGCUGAGGUUUAUGAAAUAGUUGAGAGAGUAAUUGAAUUAAAGAAGAAAUGGCCCAAAUCGUGGGGUGAACAAGAUGAAACUAGUAUAGGAGUUGUUACACCAUAUUAUGACCAGGUUGUCAGAAUUCGUAAUGAAUUACGAAAGAAAAAAUUACAUGGUGUAUCUGUUGAAAGAGUGCUGAACGUCCAAGGUAAACAGUUCAGAGUUAUUUUUUUGAGUACAGUAAGAACUCGUCAAACAUGUAGUCAGAAAGCAAAGCUAGAAUCUGAUUUAGACCAUGGCUUUCUCUCUAAUGCUAGACUUCUGAAUACUGCAAUCACAAGAGCUCAAUCUCUUGUGGCUGUUGUAGGUGAUCCUGUAUCAUUGUGUUCUGUUGGAAAGUGCAGGAAACUCUGGGAAAAAUAUAUCCUUACUUGUAAUAAAGAAAAAAGUCUGUUUGGAAUUACAUGGGAUUCACUGAGGUCAGAACUGGAUAGUAUGGAAUUAAAAAAGAAUUUCAUUCUUAAUCCUCUCGCUCCUGAAUUUGUUCCAGGACGAAUGUAUCAUGCACCAGAUGCUCCAGCUUCUACUGAUACCGUAUGCACUGAUACCCCAAUGCAAUUUCCAUUUUAUUUUCUGCCAUUCGGAAGUCCAUUUCAAGGUUCUCCUUUAAUACAACCUGCUAUUGCUCACAUGAUGUCUGCACCUAAUCCUUACAAUGUUGUCAGUUGUAUUUGCCCCUCAAUAAUGCCUCCUACUCAGCCCAAUCCAUUUCAGAAUCACACAUUUAACACCCCACCUCUUCUUCCUCCACCCCCACCCCCACCUCUACAGCAACAACAGCAUUCAACAAAUAUUCCAAAUCGUAUGACCCCUGCAAUUCUUAAUCGAAAAGUUUCUAAUAAUCGAGGAAAUUCUGUGCAUUUAGAUCAUAAUGGUCAGGUAAAGGAGUUUGAACUUGGUAUAGGAAGGCAGACAAAGCGAAAUGAAGUCCAUGUCCCAUAUGUAGUUAAUAAACAACCAUCUUAUAGGCCCUUUGAUGAACAUUCUCAGAAUGAAAUAGAUGAUGUAAAAUGUGCUGUUCCUAAUCGUGUAGAACCAUUUAAUAAUUUUAAUAUUUCUAAUGAAGUUGAUAGUAAUGUGCAUUUUCAAAAUAACCAAAGUUUGUAUAAUUUUGAGGAAAAAGCAAAUAAGCCUCUUAAUAUGCUGAAGGCAGAAGAAAUGGUAAAUAUUUUUAUGAAAAACAGUUUACCCGGAAAUCAAAUAAAUCACAUAAAUGCAUUUACAAAGAAUGGUUUGCCUGGUAAUCAGUUAAAUAGUGUACCUUUGUUUUCUGAUCACAUGUCCUUGCGAAAUAAAAUUCCUCCAGUAAAUGGUGUAUGGUGUCCUUUCCCCUCAAAGUCUGUUGAUUCUGAGAGCCACAGUGCUCCACAUAAUCGUAGUGAAGAAUCUAUGAAAUGUUGUUUUAGACAUGGGUUUUCCAAUGAACGGGAAAGAGCUCGUAAUGCAAUUACUAGUGUCCCAACUGUACAUCCUUUGAUGUCAUCUAAUAAUGCACCUGGUGCUUUUGAAAAAUGGUCCGAUUUGUCCGAAUCGAUGACGAAUGCAAAUAAUAUUGAAGUUGUUGAAUUGAGUCGCUCUCCUAUUUUCCAACAGUUGCAAGAAAAAUUAAAUCUUUUAGAAAAAGUGUUACCUGCAGGAGUUGAUGUCCUCUCUUUUGUUGAGAAUGAAGAACAAACGAUAGCGUUUCUGCAACAUUUGAUUCAGUCUGUAGGCCGAAAUGCUGCAAGAACACUCUCGCUUCUUAUAAAAGCUAUAAAAAGAGAUCAAGAAAUUAUUCAGGAAUUGGAUUUUUCUCAGAAAAGACAUGUAAGUCAAAGAUUUAAUGCUUCACAAGUUCCACAUGUAUCUACUUCAGUAAUAAGGAAUCUCCCUUCAUCUUUCUCCAGACCAAUUAAUGCUCACCAUCAAGAAGUGUUUAAUAAUUCAGAAUCAUUCGCAAAUGAUUCAUCAGCAUCUCCUUUUCCAUUGCCUUGCAUCAUUAAUUCGGAUAAAAUUGAGCCUAGAUUUUUUAAUAAUGAACAUGAUCAAGAUUUACAAAGGCCACAAAUGAAUAAUCUUCAGACUAAUUGGAUGAAUAGCUCUCAAGAUAAUAUGGGAAUAUAUGAUAGGGUAAUUUUGAAUAGGGCUAGUCAAGAACCACCUGUUUUAGAAAUGUCUAAAUUAUUCAUUUCUAACCAGCUUGAAAACAGGCGAGAUCAUUUGGCAAGAGAUGAUAUUUUCCCUCAUGAAUCUUUUGGUAAUCGCCAUCAUAUUGAAGUAGAUAGAAUGGACGAAAAACAUAUGUGGAUCUCACCUGAAUACAAAUUAUCCCAAAAUAUUGAGCAAACAGGUUCACCAUUCCAGUUUGCAGAACCUAUUAAUUCACAAGGCUCUUAUUUAAGCCGUUUGAGAAGUAUUUCGAGUUCUGUUGAUGAACGGGAAAAUGGUUAUGCUUUUCCAUUUGAAUUUUCAAGAGCAAAUGAUCAGUCAUUGUCUAAGAACAUAGAUUCAGCUAAACAAAUGACAGCUGGUCCUUUGUCCAUGUCAUAUCCAGAUAUUCCGGAUAUUUUAUCAUCUCAUAUCUUACCAAAUGGCAAAGAGAAUUCAUCCAAAGUUAUUCGAAAGCCAACUGCUAGAUCUGAGAGUUCUGCCGUAAACAAUUCACCGUUUAAAUUUGAUUUGCCCUUACAGUUGAAUAAUGAUUCAUCUUUGCAAUAUCCUCAGUUGUCUUCAGAAGGAAUGACCUAUGCCAAAAUAGUUCGAUCUCCUCAGCAAUGAUAUCAUAAAAUUUAGUGUCUUUAAAUGUGCUAUGCAAGUAAACACAUUACAUUAUUGUUGUGGAUGGAAUUUUACUGGGAAUGUAAUUUUUAACUCUAUAAAUGUUUAAUUUUUCAUCUACUUUUUGUGCUGUAGAGAUGCAUGUAAUUUUUUUCAUGUACAUUAGUUUCACUUCGUGCUGUUUGUAUAUAGUUCUCAUUGUAUUUUCUAUUUCAUUAAAGACUAAAAAAUUUAAAAAAUG